CGCGAAGGCGCAACCCUAAUUUCACCUUGUGAAGGUCGAACGAGUGACACCGGCAAUCAUUCAGAGGACGUGAAAUUUAUCAACUUUUAUCGAGAAAAGUACUAGUAAUAUUGUUUUAUUCUCGUUUUAUCAAAUACUUGAAGAUGCCUAUCAAAUCGAUCAAAGCCCGUCAAAUCUUUGACUCCCGCGGUAACCCAACUGUCGAAGUUGAUUUGGUAACCGAACUUGGCCUUUUCCGAGCAGCCGUGCCCUCUGGAGCAUCCACUGGUGUGCAUGAGGCUUUAGAGCUGAGAGACAAUGUUAAGGGAGAGUACCAUGGAAAGGGUGUCCUUACUGCCAUCAAGAACAUUAAUACCAUAAUCGCACCUGAACUGAUUAAAAAGAACCUUGAGGUUACUCAACAGACCGAGAUUGAUGAAUUUAUGCUAGGCCUUGAUGGCACUGAAAACAAGUCUAAACUUGGAGCAAAUGCCAUCCUGGGUGUCUCUCUGGCCGUUGCUAAGGCUGGUGCUGCCAAAAAGGGAGUACCACUAUACAAGCAUUUAGCUGAUUUGGCUGGUAACAGCAACAUUGUGCUGCCAGUGCCAGCAUUCAAUGUUAUCAAUGGUGGAUCACACGCUGGCAACAAGCUGGCUAUGCAGGAAUUCAUGAUUUUGCCCACUGGUGCCUCCUCAUUCAGUGAAGCCAUGCGUAUGGGCUCUGAAACCUACCACCAUUUAAAGAAGAUCAUCAAGGACAAGUUUGGCUUGGACUCCACAGCCGUAGGAGAUGAAGGUGGUUUCGCACCCAACAUCUUAAACAACAAAGAUGCUCUGUUCCUCAUUCAAGAUGCUAUCAAAGCGGCAGGAUACACGGGAAAGAUUGAGAUUGGUAUGGAUGUAGCAGCAUCUGAAUUCCACAAGAACGGAACUUACGAUCUUGACUUCAAGAACCCCAAGUCCAACCCAGCUGACUAUUUGUCAUCAGACAAGUUGGCUGAGGUAUACCUGGACUUCAUCAAGGACUUUCCUAUGGUUUCCAUUGAGGAUCCCUUCGACCAAGAUGACUGGGCUGCCUGGUCCGCUCUCACUGGCAAGACUAACAUCCAAAUUGUCGGAGAUGACCUUACUGUCACUAACCCUAAACGCAUUGCGACCGCUGUAGAGAAGAAGGCUUGCAAUUGCCUGCUACUGAAAGUAAACCAAAUUGGCAGUGUAACAGAAUCCAUCAAUGCACACCUACUGGCCAAGAAGAAUGGUUGGGGUACCAUGGUUUCUCACAGGUCCGGUGAGACAGAAGACACAUUCAUCGCGGAUUUGGUAGUGGGUCUCUCUACAGGCCAGAUCAAGACUGGCGCGCCUUGCCGUUCCGAACGUCUUGCGAAAUACAACCAGAUCCUGCGUAUCGAGGAAGAGCUUGGAGCUGACGCCAAAUACGCCGGAAAGAACUUCCGGAACCCGGUCUAAAUGUUGCAAGAUUAUCAUGUAAUCAUAAUCUAGCACAAGCAGUAUAACCAGUAAAUAUGCAUUCUCGUGUAGAAAUUAUACAUAGUUAACGUAUGAUUUGUUGUGAUUGUUUUCGGCGUAAAGGCAUAGACUACCAGGAAAUAUUUAUUUUUUCGUUUGAUUUGAAUAAGUUUAUGAUAAUAAGUUAAGCCAAAAUGAAAUUAUACAAUAAAGUGUCACU